CUGAUUUCAAUUUCAAAGGAUCUCCCUCCUCCUUUGAAGAGUGGUUCCGAAAUCACAACGGACACAUGCCUAAAAUCUUGGAAUAUGCACAAACUAAAUUCAACUACAGUUUCAGCUUCUGCUAAACCCAAAACCAAAUUUGUUUAUUGAAAAAAGAAACCAAAGAAAGAGAAAGUUAAACAGCAUCCCAUUCAUUUGCAUUGGUUUUGAGGUUUUUCUUUUAUUUGGAUCUUCUUCUUUGGCCCCAUCUCCUCCCCCCUCGAUACCCUCUCAAUCCUUCUCACAGGCAUUUUCACAAACACGCGGACUUCGAGACGCACAGCAAGACAAAUCCUAUCUUAGACUUUUUCUCCUUGUUAAUGAAUUUCCAUCGGAUUGAGCUCUCUCUCUCUCUCUUUCCAUCUCUCAAUCUAAUGUCAAUUCCAUAUAUAUCAAAGACGCGUAGAGUUUCAAGUUUCACCUACCAGAUUCCUAAUUACUCUAGGGCUUAAACAUAAACAAUGCAGAAGAAUCACAUACCAGAGCCGAACGAGAAGAGGCGGAAGUUCUUAAUCAACGACAAUCUCGACAUUCUGAUCGAAAUCCUCAAGCGGCUAGACGGACCAUCCCUCGGGGUCGCGACCUGUGUCUGCCGGCUAUGGUGCACCAUAGCUCGAAGUGAAUCGGUGUGGGAACAAGUGUGCUUCCGUCAUGUAAAAUCGCCGCUUCCGUCGUCGGUGAAAACGGUGGUAGCCGCCUUGGGAGGGUACAAGAGGCUAUACAUGGUUAGCAUUCGACCGGUGCUGAGUCGACUCGGGUACUCGGACCUGGUGAGGCGAGUUUGGACUCAGGAUGAGGUCCAACUUUCACUUUCUCUGUUUUGUGUGGACUAUUACGAGAGGCUCACUGGGAGUGGAAGAAUAGGCGGCGAGGCAUCCGCAUUGUCCCUCAUGUUCCUGUGCAACACAGUGAACGUCUGAUUCAUCUUAUUGCCUCUUUGUCAUACUUUCUCGCCCCUCCGAUCUGCAGACCAAAUCUGUAUAAGAGAACCAAGCUCCAUCCGGUGAUUUUAGUCAAAAGGAUUAAGAUUAGCCUUGGCCUGAAUCAAGUGGUGGAACUUCAAUCUUAGUCUGUACCAAAGGGUUCUCAACCACUAAUUGAGGACGAGAUAUGCGAGACAGUUUUGGGUAGACGACCGAACUACUCAAAAGGUCUUGGUUGGGACCCAAAAUUCAAGCCUAGGAUGAAUGUCGUUUUAUCUUCUUCCACCAAUAUGUUGACUACCAGGCACACAUAGCGGAGGUUGGUGAACUAAAGGCGAGCCUUGAAAAUGCUAACCAAAAGAUCGAAGAACAACGUCUGAGGAAGAAUGAGCGAGAUCGACAAAUGACGAACCAUGCACGACAAAUGGAGGAGAUGAAGAAGAUGCUCGAGGAGAUGAGUCGGGCAUAGAGAGGCUAGUGAUCACUUGGAGUUUCGCUUCCAUAACUAUGGCGCACUAGAGCAUUUUUGAGUUUUUUUAAUGUAGUGUUUUGAAUUAUGUAAUUGUUUUUUUUUUUUUUUUUGUAUUGAACAUAUAUUUCAUGUAUCAUUUUGUAAUGAAUGAAAAUGUUUUCAUU